UGUAUUGGUUUCUGCUAUAUGCUUCUUUGUGUUAAGGUUAAAAGGGAAAUCACCAUCAAGUCAUCUAUGGAAGGGGAAGAAGAACGGCAAUGCUAGGAUUGAAGAAUUCAUUGCAAAGUUUGGUUCUCUAGCUCCGAAUCGAUAUUUUUAUGGAGACAUUAAGAAAAUGACAAAUAAGUUUAAAGAUAAAUUAGGUGAAGGAGGGUAUGGUAGUGUAUACAAAGGAAAAUUGCCGGACGGUCGUUUCGUGGCGGUCAAAAUCCUAAGUGAAUUCAAAGAUAAUGCAGAGGAAUUUAUGAAUGAAGUAGCCAGCAUCAGUAGAACUUCUCAUGUCAACAUAGUGACUCUUUUGGGUUUCUGUUUUGAGAGAUCAAAAAGAGCUUUGGUUUAUGAAUUCAUGCCCAAUGGAUCUUUGGACGGGUUUAUUUAUAAUAAAGGACCACGUAGUCAAAGUUGUCAAUUAGAGUGGAAAACUUUGUACAACAUUGCAAUUGGCAUCGCUAGAGGACUCGAAUACUUGCAUCAAGGUUGCAACACUCGGAUCUUACACUUCGACAUUAAACCUCACAAUAUCCUUUUAGAUGAAAACUUUUGUCCCAAAAUCUCUGAUUUCGGUUUGUCUAAGUUAUGUGAACGAAAGGAAAGCAUUAUUUCAAAUACAGGUGCUAGAGGAACUGCUGGAUAUAUAGCUCCUGAAGUGUUUUGUCGAAAUUUUGGUGGUGUUUCUCAUAAAUCAGAUGUCUACAGCUAUGGAAUGAUGCUCCUUGAAAUGAUCGGAGGAAGAAAAAAUAAAAAUAUUGAGGGUUCCCAAACUAGUGAAACAUAUUUUCCCUUAUGGAUAUAUAACCAUCUUGAUCAACCCAUGAACUGCAAUCCUAAUGAAGUAAUAUCUGUAGAGGAAGAGGAAAUAACAAGGAAACUAAUCAUAGUGAGCCGUUGGUGCACUCAAACCAAUCCAGUAGACCGACCAUCAAUGACUAAAGUAUUAGAAAUGUUGCAAGGAAACCCUCAAUCAUUAGUACUUCCAUCGCAACUCACCUAAAAAUGUUGCAGACUUGUUGUUAACUUGAGUAAUUUGUUCAUGUUGAAGCAAUUUUGGGAAAAUGUUCAUUUUGAUCUCAUGUUUUUUUAGUGUUAGUUGUGUAUAUAAAAAUAGAACAAUUUAAAUGUGUAAAAUUUUAAACAUAAAUCUAUAGUAUACCUAUAUGAUAUUAUGCUUAUUAAA